CCGAGCAAGAAAUAGUGAUAUUCACAACAAAAAGUAGAAGCGAACACUAUGCAGGGAAUAUAUUGAAUUUCAUGUCUGGACUUGAUCUGUCAUGUAACCAAUUGAUUGGAGCGAUUCCUCCUGAAUUUGGUGAUCUCAGACAUAUCCGGGCAUUAAAUUUAUCCCACAACUACUUGCAAGGAUCUAUUCCCUCAAGACUUUCCAUGUUGAACCAAAUAGAGAGCUUGGAUCUUUCUUACAACGAUUUGAGUGGUGAAAUACCUUCAGAGCUAGCAUCAUUGACUACCUUGUCCAUCUUCAAUGUGUCAUUCAAUAACUUGUCUGGCAGGGUGCCUGAUACAUGGCAGUUUGCAAACUUUGACGAAAGCAAUUAUAGAGGAAAUCCAGGUCUAUGUGGACCAUUGCUCAAGAGUUGUAACCCCUUUGCUCCACACCCUGAAAAUGUUGGUGAUCAAGACAUAGAAGUUGAUGGUGCAAUUGAUGUGGCAGCAUUCGCUUGGAGCUUUUUUGCUUCAUAUAUGGUGAUCGUGAUUUCAUUAGUGGUAAUUCUUUGUGUUAGCCCUUAUUAUAGAAGAGCAUGGUCUUUUUAUAUUGAUUAUUGGAUCCUAUCGAGAUUCUACGAGUAUUACAGGUCUCGUUCCUCAGAGAAAAAACAAACAUGA